AUGUCGAUGGCACUUGGCAAUUGGACAACAGCAAAAAAUAUUCCGCUUUUUCUUGCACAGAUUCUAGCAGGUAAAACGCUAUUAAUAGGAUGUGCAAAAAGUAGUUGCCCAAUGACGAAUGAAGGUCAGGAAACAAUCGUUGUUUGUGAAUAUUGGCCAAAAGUAUCAAAAGGACCACUUUAUUCACAAGGCAAAUUUUGUGAGAAUGGAAAUGACUGCACGCUUUACGCUAAAUCGACAUGCAAUACAGAAACCCGACUAUGUGAUACUGGAGACGAUAUUGAGCUUAAUGAAUUUCUGCAACCGAUAUACUCGCCAAAGAACAUAACUGAAUCUACCAAUUUAGUCUUAGAUUUUACGCCUUAUCAAUUGCCAGACGAUGAUAUGAUAACGAAUUCUUCUCAUGAAGAUGAGGAGAAAUACAUUGGAUUCAAACACGAUUUGCAUCGUUUAAGAUUUUUGAAUGCUCAUAAAGAACGUAGAAACCAAAUUCUUAAAGGAAUCACAACUCUGGAUGCGAUGAACAGUGAACAAAUUGAAUUUUUUUUCCAACUGACUUGGAGUGAUGAAUUGGAAAAGAAAGCUUUUAGCGAUGCUGAAAAAUGUGAAUCUUUAGAGCCAAAAUCGUCAAGAAAAUAUCAUCGAAUAAUUAUGGAUUCAUUCGAUUUCGAUAAUCUCACUUAUAUUUUAGAUCGCGAAUUUUCAAUGACCGUUCAAAAAUGGUGGAGCAAUCCAAUGGAUGAAUCGGAUGAAAAUGUAAUAUUUUUGAAGAAUUCAAUAAUUGGAUUAUUCUUGGCAACAGAAUUGGGAUGUGGAUUCGCUAGUUGUGUCGAUGAUAAUCUUCGAAUGGCAAUUGAUAUCGUUUGUCAUUAUUGGCCAACAAGUGAUCCAAGCGAACUAUACGACUAUGCGAUAGGUUGCGAACGAGAUGGCGAUUGCGCUUCUUUAAUAAAUUCGCACUGUAAUAUCGAAGAAAAGAUUUGCGUGAAAAAUAAUUUAUGA